GGCGCUUACAGGAAAGUCAAAACUCAAAUCUGACCACUGACAGCUAAAGUUUUCUUCUCUCGUAACUCCUGUAACGUUAACUUUAAAAUAACUGUCAUUGCGCUCAAUGGAUUCAGGUGAAUUAUGUUUAGAGAGGAUACGCCCCGGAUAAAAUGCUGUCGACCUGCAAAGGUGUUGCGGCAGACCCUCCAGAGAGUGGAGGUGCAGAGCCGGGUGCAGAGCCGGGGCCAGAGAGACACUGCGGCGGCCUCAGAGGAGCUCAAAGCGGGGAAGAGAGGCGACAAGGCCUCGGUGUACAGGGGUGGCCCGACGGAGCCAGAUACGAGGGAGAGUUUGUGAACGGGUUCAAACACGGCAAAGGGAGGUACACGUGGAAAAAUGGAGAGUUCUAUGAGGGCUCUUUCUACAAAGACUACAGGCAUGGAGAUGGAGUUUACUGCUGGCCAACAGGUCACAAGUUCACAGGCAAGUUCUACCUCAACAGAAAGGAAGGGUACGGACAGCAACUGUUCUCUGACGGUGCUGUAUUUCAGGGUUUGUACCACGCUGAUCAGAGGUUCGGUCCAGGUGUGUUUACUUAUCCAGAUGGGCGUAAGGAUGUGGGUCUGUGGCUCGGGGAGCGCCUGCUUAGGCUCUGUACCUCUGUAAAAGAGGGCUUCAGCCUUAAGAACUUUCCUGAAUAUGCUGCCUACAUGGAGCCUGAUGCCACCACAGACUACCUGACUCAGCCUCCCACUGAAAGUGUACAGACAAGAGCCAGAACUGACUUUAAGGUGGCCAUGAACAAAGAUCUGCUGUCAGAUGAGAGUUUUAUCCUUCCCCCUGGCAUGGAGAGUUACUCAACAGAUGGGGACCACUUGCCGCUGCCCCCUGGCCGAAGAAAAGAGCUGGAUCAACACUACUAUGGUGAGCUGUGGGAGCCGGAUGCUUGUCUGCACCAGGGCUAUGAGCGAGACCCACUCUCCACUCUGCCCUUACAGGCCCGCAUGCAGGCCCACAUACACAAACACAGACUACAGGCUGAAAAUGUGAGCUGGGACGUGGCAGCUGUUCUCUCUCUGGACAGGGAGAGUUUUGGUCCCAAAGGGCCUUUGGAAGUCAGUUCAGAACUGUUGAUCCAGCACGCCUCCCGAGGGGAACUGCAGGCCGUGUCACUGACCCUCCAGACCGGUUUGGUCCACCCUGAUGUCACAGAUUCACAGGGAUACACUGCGCUGAUCGCUGCCACAAUAAACUGCCAUAAUGAUGUCAUCCAGCUGUUGUUGGAUAUGGGUGCCGAUAUCGACAAGUUGAAUUGUGAAGGCAUGUCAGCCCUGGCUUUGUGUCAUGUCCUCUACUACCCUUUCCAGUCUCUGCACACCACUUUGACUGAAUCACCUGCAAAAACUCAAGCUUUGAAAUCUACAUCUCCAUGUGGGAACAGUCCCCAGAUCAGCCAAGUGGACUUCACUACGGACACACCCAGGGCAGCAUCAGAGCUAACAGAGCACAUCCUGCAUCACAGCAGUAAAGUGUCUAAUAACAGUGAGCUCAUCUCUGAGCGCUGGCCUGGGACCCCUGUGGACACCGGGCACCCACAGGAGGAGGAGAGAAAAGAUCCAGUGGAAGAAAGAGAAGAAAGGGAGUACAAGGAGAAAGAGAGAGAAGAAAGGAUCAGAAGGGAGGAUGAGAAUGAAAGCAAAGAGAAGGGAAGGGAGACUGAGAUCAGGUGUGAUCAAAUUUGGGAAAACGGAGAAAGUGAGGUCGAAAGAGAAUUGAAGAAAAGCGGGGAAGAUGCUGAGCUUGGUGAGAGGAGAGAAACAGAGUUAAGAAGAGAGAAUAUGGAGCUUAGCGAGGAAGAUGUGGAGAAAAAAACAAGAAAUAUUCCCAAAGAGGAUGUUACAGAGAGAGAGGAAAGAGGAAGAGAGGAUGUGCCUGGUGUGGAGCGCUCCCUUCAGGUGUUGGACGGUCACAUUGCACUGGGCAGCGUGCAGUGGAGGGAAUGUCGAGCUAAAGCAGCAGGAAGAGUUCAGCAGGGUAAAGACCAAGAACUGACCCAAAAAACGACCUUUGACUCGGCCUGCUCCGUCAGCAGCUAUGACAUCCAUGUCACAGAGGAAGCCAUGCAGCGCUCCGCAGAAGCGCUGAGUCGCACCGGGAUCCCUCAGCGCUCUGACACGCAGGAGACCGUACGCAAAAUGGCUGCGAUGAAAACUGAACACCGUGUUCGUUUGAACACCUUGAAGCUGCUACUGGAACGAGGAGCUGACCCCAACGCAUCCAGGGUGCCCAUGCCUGUUCUCUUUUUAGCCAUUAUGGCGGCUGAUGCUGAGGCGGUCAGGAGGCUGCUGCUGUGUGGAGCUCGCACUGACAUUCCCCUUCCACCCGAGAGGAAAGGCCUGUAUCCCCUGCAUGUAGCUGCAGCACUGCCAGGUCCAGCAGGUCCCCAGAUCACAGAGUUGUUGCUCCACGCUAUCACUGACCCAGAUGCACAGGCUUGUGACCAGAACGACAUCUAUGAACCGGAUAAGAUUUUCAUGAAGGCCCAGAAACCCCUCAGCACCAAUGAGAGCCCACACCUCAAAGACGGAGGUCGAACAGCUCUGCAUGUGGCCUGCCAGAGAGACAGUGACUACAGGAAUGCCAGCAAGGUGGUAGCCCUCCUGCUGUCCCACAGAGCCAGCAUGGACCUCCUCUGGAGUGGACACUCGGCUCUCUCCCUGGCUAUAGCGAGCGGGAAUGACCUGGCAGUGGAGGAGCUGUUGAAAGGAGGUGCAAAUCCUAACAUCCCUCUGGGCCGCAGGGUGGGCAGCGCCCUCUGUGCCCUCGCCAACAUUAACUACCACUUAGGCGGCAACAGAGCUAAACUGUUGGACAUGUUAGCUAAAGCUGGUGCCGACAUCUUGAUGCCAGUUACAGUGGGUGAUGUUGUGGGAACCGCAGUCGACUAUGCACACUUCUCUUUCAACCAGGACUUGCGUAUUGCCAACACCCCCUUCCACGCUCUGAACAUGCGAGAGAGGGAAACAUUCAAAACACGGCGCCAGCUGCUGAGCAUGAUGGGAGAUCUGUUGAGACAGACAGCUCGUCAGAGGGAGAGAGAGAAUUUAGAGAGAGAUCAAAACAUCACAUGGAAUGCAGGUACCGGUAGCACAGAGAGGUACACAGGAGCAGGUGGCAUUUCUUCAAACAUGCUCCUCCCCAGCUGUGAAAAACACAGGAAACCAGAGUUUAAGUUCUGCUAUCACUGCGGCCGCUCUGUGUCCGUGAAGCUCACUGCUUGUAGCCGCUGCCACAAGGUCUUCUACUGCUCCAGGACCUGCAAGCUCAAAGCGUGGGAUGAAAGACACAAAGAGGAGUGUAUCCGUGUGUCAGCAUCUGCUGAUGGCAUCCAGAAGAGUGUUGUGUUUAAAUCCGCAAGAGGCCCCAGACACUUGCCUGCCAUGUUGAAAUCCAAAACAGUCCCCAGGCCCUUGAGUGUCAAGUUGAAAUCCCAAAAAGUCCCCAAGCCCUUGAGCAUGGCAGAGAAGGUCUUUGAGAGCCAAGUCAACCUGAAGGAAAACUACAGCUGCAACUGAUGGAUACUAACAUUUCACGUACUGAAUAACAGCUUGAGUAUUUUACUACCUAACAUUUCAAUGCUCUUCUGUACAUUUAUUUCUGAAUCUAAGUCUUUAAUUUACAUUUUUAUUUGGAUAGUGAUGCCAAU